UUAUCGAACAAUGAAGCGUGUAAUACGCAGAUACAGCUCUGCGAGGCCUGAUGUUUUUCCAUCUACAAGUAAGAAAAUUUUUCGCAAGAAUGACGGGAAAAAGAUUGUGGAGAAAGAGACUGAAUUCCGACAGAAUUCCGUGAAAAUUCAGAUGCUCUCGCGAUCUCUGUACAAUCAAGUGUUCAAGAAUUACGAGAAAGACAAACCACCUGAUAAUAUUCUGGUGAACAGGUGGAAGUCUGAUCUUCAUAGAUUUGGAAUUGAUUUGGAUAGUCCGCAGAAGCUUCCAGAUGUUGACUUGAAGCUGCCAGAGUUCAGGGGGAAAAACCUCGAGGAGCACUUUGAAGCCAUAGCAAAUGAACAGAGUUUGCCGUACAGAAACUUAAUAGAAACUCUGUUGGGAGAUGUUCCAGAGAUGCCGAAGAUCUGGUCAUCAGUUCCCGGAUGGACAGUUUAUCACCCUGAGAGUGGAACUGCAGAAUCCAUUCCAUUUCCCGAGGAAGAGGCGGUGGUGUUUGACGUGGAAGUGUGCAUGAAGGCUGGCAGCAAUCCCACUUUGGCUUGUGCUGUUGGCAAGAAGAGAUGGUAUUCGUGGACAAGCCGAGAUCUUGUCAAUGGUUCAUCUGGACACGUCGAUGGGACAAGGUAUGAGACAGAAGAUCUCAUUCCCUUGGAAUCAUCACCAGAACAGGCUUUCAAAGAUUCUCCGGAUGGUUUCUUGAGGCCCAAAAUCAUCGUGGGUCACAAUGUAUCCUUCGACAGAGCUCGCGUAAAGGAGCAGUACUGGAUCGAUCAGACUGGAGCGCGAUUCUUGGACACAAUGUCUCUGCACGUGUGCGUGAGCGGAGUCACGAGCUACCAGCGAGCAAUGCUGAAGAGCAGCAAGGAAUUGUCGGACGAGGACAUCGCCUGGAGUACUCAAAGUUCCCUGAACAGCCUCGCGGAAGUCUAUAAACUCUAUUGCGAUGGGCAGGAGUUGGCCAAAGAUGAAAGGGAGUUGUUUAUGAAAGGAUCCUUGGCUGAUAUUCAAGAUAACUUCCAAAAUUUGAUGACUUACUGCGCCAGGGACGUUUUGGCCACACAUUCUGUCCUGAGAAAACUCUUCCCUAUGUUCGCAGAGAGAUUUCCCCAUCCCGCCACCCUUGCGGGGAUGCUGGAGAUCGGAUCAGCUUAUCUGCCCGUGAAUACAAAUUGGAACAGAUAUAUUUCCGAAGCGAAUCUCACGUACGAAGAUCUGGACAUUGAGGCAAAGCAUCUUCUGGCUCGUCGAGCAGACGAAGCGUGCAAGUUGAUGCACGAGAAGGCUUAUUGCAAGGAUCUAUGGAUGUGGGAUCAGGACUGGAGCACACAGGAUCUCAAGAUGAAAAAGAAACCCUCGCCAAAAGCCUCAAAAGCCCAGAAAUGUGAAGAGGAGGAAGAAGACGUGGAAGAAAUGACUGAAGAAGAGAUUUCCCUGCGAGAGAAAUUCUCCAAUUUGUAUGCGAUGAAGGAUUUACUGCCUGUCCGAAGACCUCUUUUGCCUGGCUAUCCCGAGUGGUACAGGAAGUUGUGUGACAAGCCCGAUAGCGAUGAUUGGUCUCCGGGAGCGAAGAACAUUGGAACGGGAAUGCAAGUUGCUCCCAAACUGCUUUCUCUAUGUUGGGAAGGUUAUCCUUUGCACUUUAUCCGGGGGAAAGGAUGGGGAUUCCUGGUGCCACACAAGAAGGAGCGAGAGGAGGGCGAAUCUGGUGAUAUUCCUCUGGAGCAGCUCGUCCACAAGUGUCCAGUGAUUGAGAUAAUCUCUGAGGCAUCGCCUAGAGAAAGCAGGGAUGCAAUGAGUGGACUGUGGAAGGACGUGGAGUCGUCGAUCAGUCGAAAAGACUUCUACAGGAAGAAGAGGAAGGACAAGACAGAUGGAGUUUACACUGGGACGGGAGUUUGGUGCAAUCAGGAUCUCGAGGACUGUUGCUGGUUUCUCAAGUUGCCACACAAGGAUGGUGUGUCGCAUAGAGUUGGAAAUCCUCUGGCCAAAGACUUCAUCAACAAAUUCUCAGAGAAUGUCCUAUCAGGCGAUGGAGCGACUGCGAGGCGAGUGAUUGAGAUCGCUAAGAUGCUGUCGUACUGGCGCAAUAAUCGGGAUCGUAUUAGUGGGCAGAUCGUCGUGUGGCUGCUGAAUAGUCAGCUUCCGGACCAUCUGAAGCUGUCUGAAGGAGAUUUCGGAGCGAUUAUUCCCCAAGUUGUGGUCUGUGGGACUCUGACGAGGCGCGCCAUGGAGCCCACUUGGAUGACGGCCAGCAAUGCUCAGCCGGACAGAGUUGGCUCUGAGCUGAGAUCAAUGGUUCAAGCUCCUCCGGGAUAUCGCAUUGUGGGCGCCGAUGUGGACUCCCAGGAGCUCUGGAUAGCUUCAGUGCUGGGCGAUGCGGACGUGGGAACUCAUGGAGCCUCGCCACUUGGCUGGAUGACACUGAACGGCACCAAAGCCACCGGAAGCGAUAUGCACAGUGUCACGGCAAAGGCUGUGGGCAUUUCCAGAGAUCACGCCAAGGUGAUAAACUACGCGAGGAUUUAUGGAGCAGGUCAGAACUUUGCUGAGAGACUAUUGAAGCAGUUCAAUCCCACGAUUUCGGAUGGAGAGGCGCGAUCAAAGGCUCAAAAAAUGUUUCAAAUGACCAAGGGAAAGAAGUCCUUCUACCUCAAAGAGGAGUUCUAUGACAACUUCCCGGAUCCGCGGAGACCUUUCAGCACGUACGAGGCCAUGAAGAUGGCAGCUUCCACCAGGACUCCCAUUCCGGAGAUGUUCAAGCGGGCGAAAUGGGAGGGUGGUUCAGAGAGUGCCAUGUUCAAUCGUCUUGAAGAGAUCGCCGGCAAUUCUCAUCCCGUCACGCCGUUCCUGCGCGGGCGUCUCAGUCGUGCCUUGGAGCCUUCGGGGGAUUCUGAUGAUCGCUUCCUGCCGACGCGCGUCAAUUGGGUGGUUCAGAGUGGAGCUGUGGACUUCCUGCACUUGAUGCUGGUGACGAUGCGUUGGCUGAUGGGACGCCAGGUGCGCUUCUGCCUCAGUUUCCACGAUGAGAUUCGCUAUUUAGUGCGCCAGGAUGUCGCCUAUCGUGCCGCUCUGGCCAUGCACGUCACGAAUCUCCUGACCAGGGCUUUCUGUGUCCGUCGCAUCGGCCUCAAUGACCUACCUCAAUCCAUCGCCUUUUUUGCCUCUGUGGAAGUGGACGCUGUGCUGCGCAAGGAAGCCACGCAGGACUGCAAAACUCCGUCAAAUCCUCAUGGUUUAUCCGGAGGUUAUGGGAUUCCGGCGGGAGAGUCUCUGGACAUUCAACAAGCCAUUGAGAAGGCCAAAGGAAGUGAUCUCUCAGCGUGGGAAUGGCACAGGAAGAGAAAUACAAAAUGAUCAAAUAUUAUACCUCAACAGUGCCAAGAAGUUUUGAUACAAAGAAUAUUUUUAAAGACAAGCUCGAUAUUUUUUUUCCUAUAA